AUGAAUUGGAUUGAUCAAGUUGAUGAAAACUCAUUUAAACCGACUUCCAUCACCAACACAUUAAGAGAUAGCAAGCCGAUGCAAGCUUCUGUCAAACACAUGUACCUGGCGCUUCCAAUAUACGCCAAGCUUCCGGACUUCUUGAGAAAAACCAACUACAAAUCCCCGGCAGACGUUGAUGAUGGGCCCUUUCAGUAUGCCUACAAUGUGAAAGAGACGGCCUUCGACUACUGGGCCAAGGAUCCCGUCGCUACGGACAUAUUCAAUACAUUCAUGAGUGGGGUCCGUGCUGGCAGGAAGAACUGGGUACAUUGGUUUCCUGUGCAAGAUCGUCUAAUUUCUGGGUCUAGCGGGAGAGAUGAGGAUGUUUUGAUGGUUGACGUUGGUGGCGGCAGAGGUCACGAUCUUACUACUUUUAUCAAGACAUUUCCGGCUGCUAAGGGGCGCUAUAUUCUCGAAGAUCUCCCGGUAGUCGUUGACGAUGUGCAUGACAGAAUUUCUCGGAUUGAGGCUGUGAAACAUGACUUUUUCAAAGAGCAACCUAUUCAUGAUGCCCGAGUUUAUUUCCUGCAUCACGUUCUUCAUGACUGGCCGGAUGAAGAUGUUGUAAAGAUUCUAUCGCAGGUCACAAAGGUCAUGAAGCCGGGCUAUUCGAGAGUUCUACUUGGCGAGAAUGUUUUGGCUGACGUGGACUGCCACAUUUACCCAACCCUGGUAGACUGGGGUAUGAUGGUGCUUCACUGCGGUAUGACCCGGACGGUCGGUAGGUGGAAGACACUGUGUGAAUUGGCUGGAUUAAAAUUUAUUAAGUACUGGCCACCUCCUGGAGAUGGUGAUGGAAUUAUUGAGGCUGUUUUGGCAGGAGAUGACUUGUAA